AUUUUGUUUUACGAAAACCAUUUUUGUUUUACUUUAUUAUUUACCAUAUUUUUGUCUGUGCAUAAGUAAGAUGUUAUUUUCAGGGCUUUUUUCAGAGAUAAUGUGAAAACACUCAGAAGGCGGAGCAGAGGCGACAGCGGCUUUUUUGUAUAGUUCGAAUUAGUUUAAAACACAAUACACAAACCGGAGCGGUGGCUAGGCGGCGGCUUAGCAGGAUGGGUCAUAUAGGCGACACAAACAGGCGGCGUGCGCGGCGCGUGGCGAGGGUGAGGCGGUGCAGUGCAGGGUCGGAGGUGUGCGCCGUGAUCGUGGUUUUCCUUAUAGUGUUUCGAGUAAGUUCACACAGAACGGCGGGGUGGCGCGUUGCGAUGCGGAGGCGUGCUACUAGCGGUUUAUUCAGUUAAUGCAUAGCAGUGAACAUAACUCGGAUCGAAGUGCCUUCGUUGGUGGAGUUGGGGACACAGUCUGUGGUGCUGGACUGCGAGUUCAGUGCCGAGGCGACGACACCGGGUGCUGGUCUGGUCAUGAAAUGGUUCUUCAAUGGCUCCGCCAACCUUAUCUACCAGUGGAUUCCGCCGAUGCGACCGCAAGUGAUUGGCCUCCUCAAGGGGAAGGUUGAUCUGAAUUUCAGGAUAUCCGACAUACCAAUACAGGCCUACAGAGCCAUAAAGAUUUUGAAGCCAACCACAGAUUUAAGCGGAAACUAUACUUGUGUUGUUUCCACUUUCCUGAAAGAAGAUCGGCAGACCAGGACAAUGCUUGUUUAUAGCACUGGCAAGAAUUUUCACUUUUAUCAAGAGAAAAAAUAUGUAUUUCUAGUUACUUUCAUAUGCCGCGCAGAAGACUUAUACCCGCGUCCUGAAAUGACAAUAUUAUCAAAAGGAAAGCCUUUGAAGCAAGCCGUGACCGAAAUGAGAAUGGACUCUUGGGGCCUGUACACAGUAGAGAGCAAGGCGGUUGUACACGACGAUGAUGUGGACACGCCGUGGGAAGAAUUCAUGUGCCUCUUAAGCAUUUCAGAAGCUAAUUACACUGUUAAUAAAACUACUAUUUAUUAUCCUGGUUUGAUGCCAACUGCUUAUGUCGGUGCCGUCGGAGUAGAGAAGCCACAGGAGCGCCAAUCCAAUGCAAAUAAUUCUGGAAGAUAUGCGCUGAGCUUACUAAGUGUGGUAUUCUUUAUAUUAAACACUAGAGUCUACUUUUUGAAUGACCUUACUUAAAUGUUAUAUAAUUAAUAAAAAAAUUAAAUGUAAGUUAAAAUAUGAAAAAUGUAUAGAGACUAAUGAAAAUAACAGAAGAUGUGUAUUUAAUUUACUAUGCAAGAAGUCCUUAUGCAUAAAAAGUCCAUUCAGAAUAAGAUUAUAUUUACGUAGUAAAAAAAAUAAAACUUAUUUUGACUAAACAGUAAUUGUGUUGAACGAAACGGUACCUAUCAUUAAACAACAAUUUUAUUUGAACUCAAUUCUACAUCGAAAGAAAGAGAUGAUGUCAAAAGAAGACAGUUGAACGUUUAAAAGUGUUAUUAAUUAACAUUUGCGAUCUAUAAAGGACAAUGGCGAACUGCCAUACAAUUUUUGUUGAAUUUUUUUUUUGCGUCUAUGAAUGAAUUACAUGUUAAAUUAUAGAGUUUAGAUUCUCGAUUUGAUUCGUCUUAUUUCUUUUAUUAUAAAGAAGUCUGGAUUUAUAGAUAUUCUACUUUGAAGUUUUGGAGGUUAUGUCAUCGUAAGUCAUACAAAAACGAAUUUUAAAAGUAUUUUCAAGAGUAUUUUUAUAUCGAAAUAUAAAAUACGUGGAACGGAACUAUAGAAGUAUACCUGUACCGUAGAUUAGUGACGAAAAAAAAUUUUUUUUAAUGUAUGAUCUGCAGGCGUACCGACCGCGUCAAAAUGCUUAAAAGACAAGGGUAACUGAGUUCGAAAACAAUGUCUGUGUUGUAAGAAGUACUUUACAAUUUGAAAAUGCCCACAUCAAUAAUAAAGCAUAAAAAAGGAUUUCUAAUAGUGUUCUAAUGGGAUAUUCAUUAAAUAUGAAACACUUUUAUAUUUUUUUUAUUCCACCUCUUCUUUGAUCGUAAUAUCAUAGAUAGUAGAUAGGCACAAUGAAAUAAAAUCCAUCGAAUGGGACAGAAUCUUGUCCAAAAUCCACAGCAAGAAGUCGUCCAAAAUAGUCUUAGGCAAACACUACUCAACAGUCGCAGGCAAAGAUCUCGAAAGUCCAAAAGCAGUCAAGUCAUAUAAUAUUAGUAUAUAUAUUAGUUAUCCGUGCGGUGACGGAGAAAGAAUACCACUCACCGCCCCAUCACUUCCCGCGGGUGCCGUAAGAAGCGACUAAGGGAUAUCGGAGCUUCCAUCCGCUCUUCUGGUGGUAGGGUGCCUAACACCCGCCUGGUUUGUUACCACCGUAGGCAUGGUGAAAAACCCGUGAAGUGCUUUACGCGCGUUUCGGGGUUUAGCCAGCGUACAACCAGAGCUCUACAAGAUUGCCGCGAUGGAUUCGGUCUAGUGGAGGCAUCCGUCGAACCGAUGCCGGAAGGACUGUAUCGACCCGCCGGCCAGGGAGACCCGUAGAAACGGCUGUCCCGCUGGCCGCCCGUGGCACAGUACAGGAGCCCAAGCAUUCCUAACCAGUUCGCAAGGCUGCCCUAUCAUGUCACGCAUAAUCUCGAGGUGAACCGUCGUGCCGGUUGGUGACCGGGGCGUGGGGUCCCGGCGGCCACUCCCGGGGGGGUGCGGGGGCCCUUCCGUCCGGUGGGUCGGCGUAUCUCUUUUCACGUCUCUCAAUUUUUUCGCAUGAUGCCAGCCCGUAAAACGAAGUUUGGUUGUACAGCGGUGCACACCCCCACGCCUUCCGCGCUAUUUGAGGUUGAGUUCUGUAAUAUACGUGGACUCCACUCUAACCUCAAUGCUGUCCAUCACCAUCUUGAGAUAGCACGGCCAACAUUAUUGUUUCUCACGGAGACACAAAUACUUCCGCCCGCUGACACAGGCUACCUUAAUUAUCCCGGCUACGUGCUUGAAGAAUCCUUCAAAGCAAAAGACGGCGCAUGCCUGUAUGUUCGGGCAGAUGUUUGUUGUCGCCGUUUGAGCUGCCUGAUAGACCCCUUCUUCUCCAUGUUGGCGGUACAUGUAGACUCUGAGAGUCUACGUGUGCCUCUACAGAUCCCACACCGGCGACGCUGAGACAACUCGACUGUUUGACCACCUUAGAAGGGCAGCAGAUGAUGCCCAGGCGCAAUUUCCCAACGCAGAACUGGUGUUUUUGGGGGACUUUAACGCCCACCAUGGUUUGUGGCUGGGCUCCUCCAAAACUGACCAUGCAGGGAUCUCUGCCCAUGCAUUCGCUCUCACAGUUAGCAAAACUCUUUGCGGCUAACUCCCGAAUCAGUGAUUGCAAUGCACUGCCACCUACACUUCCUCAUUGUGGCACUACGAUGCCUGACAUUAAAAUCAGGCAGCAUGAUGUUCGUGUGGAGUUGCAAUCACUCGACGUCCGGAAAGCUAGUGGACCCGAUGGCAUCCCAGCAGUUGUGCUAAAACAUUGUGCAGCGGAGUUGUCUCCCGUGCUUACGCUCCUGUACCAACUGUCUUACUCUUUGGGGCGUGCGCCGGAGGCAUGGAGGGAAGUCAAUGUGCAACCGGUGCCCAAAAAAGGGGACCGCUCAGACCCAGCUAACUAUCGGCCAAUAGCUGUCACUUCAGUGUUGAGUAAAGUUUUAGAAAGGGUCCUUAACAACCAUCUGACCCGCUCCCUAGAAGUUUACUCUCUGAUUCACGAUCAUCAAUACGGAUUUAGGCCGAAUCGAUCGACGGGUGACCUAGCGUACGUGACACACAUCUGAGGUGAAGCUAUAGUCAAGCGGGGAGAGUCUCUGGCUAUUAGCCUUAACAUCGCCAAGGCUUUUGACAGGGUCUGGCACAAAAGCCUUCUCUCCAAGCUUCUUGCAUACGGUCUGCCUGCUCAGCUCUGCGCCUGGGUAGCUGACUUCCUGCGUGAACGUAGGAUUCGUGUCCUUCUCCUCUCUCCAAACGGAUGUAGUUCGCAGUUCAUGUCAGUGAAUGCCGGUGUUCCUCAGGGCUCCAUUCUAUCCCCUACACUCUUUCUACUGCAUAUCAAUGAUUUGAUUCCACUUGCGAAUAUUCCAUGCUAUGCAGACGAAAGUACAGUGCAUGCGAGAUAUUUUGGACAUGCAGCGGCUGGGCAGAUAGAAACCAAGGAGAAACGGGAGAAUCUUGUCGCUGAACUCAAUCAGGCUUUGGACCACAUUUCCGAAUGGGAUACCAGCAACUUGGUUGAGUUCAAUGCCAAGAAAACUCAGGCCUGCGCUUUCACGGCAAAAACAUCGCCAUUCCUUCCCCUUCCCUGUUAACGCAACGUUACCAUGCUCGGUAUGGAAAUUCGCUCAGACCUGAAUCCAAAGGACUAUAUCGAAACCGUGAUCAAAACAGCUUCACGCAAACUCGGAGUCCUGAACAAGGUGCGGCGUUUUUUCACGCCCGAUCAACUGUGCUUGUUGUACAAAACGCAAGUGCGGUCCUGCGUGGAAUAUUGCUCGCUCCUCUGGGAUGACUCCGCUAAGUACUUACUCGAUGCCUUGGAUAGGUUGCAGCGGCGCGCUGUCCGCAUCAUUGGCGAUGAAGAGGUAACCAAGAAACUCGAGUCUCUACAAUUACGCCGAGAUGUGGCAUCAUUAAGCGCAUUUAACGACUAUACCACGGCGAGUGUUCUGAGGAGUUAUUCUCCCUUAUCCCUCCAUCACCUUUUCUUCAGAGGACCACGCGCGCUGACCUACACGAACCACUGUCGUCACUAUUCCUACACGAACAAAGAAAUUUGGUGACUCAUUUCUUUGUCGUACUAUUCGUAAGUUGAAUUCUUUACCCGCGCAAGUGUUCCCUCCUUCCUAUAAUCUGGGGUCCUUUACAAGAGGCGUGAAGAAGCAUUUUUGCACGCCGGCAAGAUGAGGAUGAUUGGUGUAGCAGUUUAUAACUGCUGUACCAGCUAUCUUCGCGUUUGGACUUUAUUACCACUUAACAUCAGGUGUGGUAGAAAAACAUAUCUCAGAAAAAAAAACACACUACGCGGAUUUAAAUCUUUGCAAUACGCAUACAGAAGCAACGAUAAUGAUAACAUUCGAUGACAAUAAUAAUUCAUUAAACGGUGUGGUAAAAAAGGAAGCGGCUCCUAUCUUCAUAUUCCCUUUUCCAAAACUAAUAUAUGUGCACGUCUUUCCAGAAAUUCACUGCCAAUUUGACGUUGAUAUCUCUCAGUACGGGACGCUGGCAGAUGGGCCCCAGAAGGAAGGCACAUUGGCCAAAAAAAAAACAUUGGAUGACAAGUAUGACAGUGACAGUUAUAGUUUUUUGCAUUAGAAUUGGCGCCAUCCUCUUUUUGUAUUGUGGAAAUUAUUUAUUAUGGUUUAAGUAUAAUAUUGAAAAAUAAUGUUUCCCGAUAUUUUUGAUAGAUAGUAAAAUAUAUUUUAAACGUAAAGCGAUGAAAAACAUACGAACAAUAUACUUGAAGUUGAUUUAAUCACUUAAAAUAAAUGGCUCAAAAGCCAUGACGUCAAGCCACAAUAAAGAAAUAGUCAAUUUUGAUCCUUUAUUAUGUUUUUAAUUCCAGACUUAGACAUCCUUCCUCAAUUAUUUAAUACAUCUUUUGAGAUUAUUUUAUUAACAUUUCUGAUAAAGACAUCUAGAUGCUAAAGAUUUACUUCAACAAAUAUUUCGCCAUUGUCCUUUAUUAUGUCAAUGGCCAUCACUCUUGCGUAAUUCUCUAAUUCUAAGAAAAAAAUUUACAGGAGAAUUAUUUACUUAUCGUAUCGUAAUGAGAAUGAAGAGGACAAACUGCUGUCAGAUUUAGUUUGAAAUUUAAGAAUUUCGUGUCAGAAAUAGGUCCAAUAUACAAUAAACAAAAUGCAGCUCCACAUUUCUGCUCGCCUAUUUUUUUUUUAAAUUUGCUUUCUUAUUAUAAUAAUCUCUAUACACUUAUCGGCCGAGACAACACUCCUGAAAAUAAGUAGCAUUGGAUUUUGAAAGUUUAAAUGUGAUUCGAUUUUCGAAAAGGUACUUACUUACCUUCUGAAUUUGGAUACACUCACUCUCUUGUGUGUAAGCAUUGUAUUAUUAAUAACAGUUAGUAAACGAGUUACUCAUUUAUUUAUCCAUUAGCUCGAAUUUAUUUUCCGUUUGAAGAAUAAGAAUCGAAUAACAGUCCACGAACGUCCGUCGUAGGUCCUAGUAGUUGUCGCCUCGUGUCCAGAUUUUUCAACAAACGGGCUAAGAUAGGCUCUGAUGGAAGCCCAAUAUGCGAAAUGUAUAACAUAUUAAGAUUCAAAAAGUUAUGAAUUUAUUUUAUAAAUACUCCUGAUCAACAAUAAAUUAAGCCCGGAUGUAACCGGUUGUUUUUGGUAGUGGUUCAAGUACCUACGCUAAAGAACACUUUUUAUUUUUUGCAUUUGUUCAAUGUUUUUAAUAAUUUUUAGUUUCUAGGACAAGUAGACAAUAUAAAAGCAAGAUACAAUUAAUUGAUACAUUCAAUAAAUAUUAUUAUAUUAUAUCAUAAUAUUAAAAGAGAAACAAAAUGUUGCACGUGUCAGGCGUUAUGUAUUCAUUAGCAUAGGUUUCGUAAGCCUGGCGGGUGCGCGGUCACAGCGGAGACGGAUAGUGUGUGUCGGGUGACGGCGCAGAAGUAUUGUCUGGUUUUAGGUGGCCCUGUUCAGGGCGUAGGUGGGGCCCUGUUCACUUCAGCGAGCUCCAGGGCUGGCAGUCCCACAUACCUUUUUCUUGCUCCCCCAGUGGUUGAAGGAUGCGUAAGACAUUUUCCAGACACAAAACAAAAAAGGUUUCCUAAGACUAAAACAGAUCUCCAAUAGACAGAUAGAGAUUAAAUCUCCGUAGACUACAUGACUACUUUUGUAUGCCAAUGCGGCUGAACACGGUUAUUCAAUUAAUGUUUUAACAUCCACAUUUACGCUGUGAAUCAUAAAUAUAUAAUUUUAUUGAUCGAUUGUGAGUUUUUGUAUUCUCGGUUGGGUAGACUUUAUAUAAAAUGUAUCUAAUAGCAGUAUUUUUGUUGAAUUCAUCAGGCCAUCAAAUUAUAAACAUUACUUGUUUCAAAAUUUUACGAUUUUGGGUCACUCUGCAUCAUAGUGCGCUUCAUGGUUCAUGUUAUGCCUCAAUGUUAAUUUAAUACUGUUACAGUCACAGAUCAUGUAGGUAAUACUGCAAUUCUGUAAACCAAAGAAUGGUUUUGGUUGUUUACCAUGCUGCGAUCGGAAUAAAAUGGUAAAAUAAGACGUCAGCUGCUAAUUUCCCUUAAUAAAAACCUAUUUAGAGACAAGGCAGUCUCGGUAACUUUCUGUCUGUUUCUGGAUCAUCUUACAACUCGACCACAAACUUGCCACUAUAAGCGGGGGCUAAAGCGACGCGCCUAGGGAUGCAGUCUUUUGAAAUAUCGAUAUUUAUAUCGAAGUCAGGAAAAUAUCGAUAUCCGAUAUAUCGACCAUUUUAACUCGAUAUUAUCGAUAUAUCGAUAUUUUUUCUUUUUUUUUUGCUUUGUAUUAAGUUUGCAAAGCAAAAACCUUUAAGGAAGCAAAGGUUUCCGAAAUAUCGAUAUUUAUAAUGUGGGCAGGUAAAUAUCGAUAUUCGAUCCGAUAUAUCAGCCAUUCCAACAUUUCCAACACGAUAUUUUCUAUAUUUUUAUAGCGCUGUAAGAAGUAUCAAAUCAAAAGCAAUUUCGAAUCAAAGAUAUUUAUUUUGUUUAAAAUGUUUGCACGCAGCCAAAAUCAGAAUAGAUAAUCAUAUGAAAAACAAUUGUUAUGUAUUAAUAAAACCUACACAUCAGGGGCGUGCCCAUGGCUUCAGAAUAGGGUAAGCCCAAAGCUUCCAAAAUUACUAUACCUAUCUUACUUUCUUGACUUGGCGAGCUUAAAAAAUUUAUGAUUUGUAUAAGAUUCUUAAUUUUAUUUUGUGUUAUAUUACAAUAAUAUUAAAGGACAUGGUAAAAUUUUGUAUGAAUGAUUGCCCUAGCAAUGUAUAAAUAUUGCACUUAGUAAUAUUUAAUGCUGAAUGGCUGAAUAUUUCUAAUUUCUAUGAAAAAAGGCUCAGGAACUUUUGAUAAAGUCACAAUCUUGAAAAUUAUGAGAUCUCCUAUGACGUCAUAACCUUGCUAUAUUUGAUAUAAGACGUUGCCAAUUAUUUACAGCGCCAUCAAUUUCGCAUUUUCUUAGAAUAUUGCCUCAUAUUUAUCUGAUUAACACUUCACAAAAAGUAUUUUUAAAAGUAAAAAUAAAGACAAAUAUUUUUUUGUAAUCGGCCUGACAGGAAACUGUGAAGUUUUAUUUUGUUCAAUUGCAAAAACAAAGGAUAAAUUAUCAUACAGUCUUCUCUCAAGCCUGAUCAGAAAAAUAAAGUCUAUUAUUUUAGGCCUUCAGUGAUUGGUUAUAAUAAAAUAAGGGCCAAAUAUGUCAUAGUCUUUGGGAGUUUGGAAUUAAUAUUGUUUAUUUCGAUAUACUUACAGAAAUGUCUUUUAUUGUUCAUUUAUUUUUGUAAAACGGAACAUUUUCGUUUUGAAAGAGACAUGAAGUCAAUUUUUAUACUUUUAAAUAUUUGAUUGAUCACGAAAGUUAUAUGAAAGUAAUAAACCCGUAAUAAUUAAUAAAAAAAUAUUAUAAUGUUACGGGCUAGUGCAAAAUAAUUAUACACGUUAAU